CAGCCUCUCUCACCCUUCCAGAGCCAGAGGGAGGGCGGAGCCACUGGGGACCCAGUUCCUGGACAUGCCCACUUUCCUGACCGGUCCAGCUGGACAAAGGAUUGGUCAGAGAAAAAUGCGCCCCCCUCUCCCUCCAGCCAGGCCUCCUGUGAGGGAAAGUCCGGGGAUAAUCUGCCCAGGAUCUGGGGGGAGGUAAGAGAGACCUGGCAGCAUGCAUAGCAGGCCUUGACUGUCCUUGGGGUCCCACAGCCGGCCUGGGGUGGGGCCUGGGCUCCUGGGUCAUUGAGGCACCUCUGGGGUCUCAGUCUUUCUGGCUCUGCUCACCUACCCUCUCCGCCCCAGCACACUCACUAGGGGCAGCAUCGAGUCAGCCCGAGGCCAAGGGCAGGGGCCUCCCAGGGGCCACUGCCACACCUGCCCUCCUUCCUCCUUCCCUGCCCGCAGGCUUCCCCACGGGGCAACUGGCAGAGCGCCAGAAGGGUACUAUUUGGGGCCUUGUUAGGUAUGUGACCCUGGGCAAAUCUACCUCUCAGUUCCUCCAUUUCCUGCUUUGUAAAAUGUUAGGUCACCGGGGUAUCGUAAGAUUAGAAGAAAACAAGAAUCAGGCCUAACGCUUCAGUAAUCGGGCGUGCAGGUCUGCCCCAGGUGGGCGCCCACGGGCCUCUCCCACCGCUGGGUGCUGUGCGGUUCCUGCAGGGCCCUCUGCACCUGUGCGGCCUCUUCCUGUGCCCUUUGCUGUGUCCACUCAGUGAUGCCCUCACUCUUCACCCCCGCCUCCGUGCCCUGCACCCCAUGUUUCCUGCACUGUAAGUUGCUCCCCUGGGGUGCUGGGCUUCCCCAGCAGCCAUCCUGCUCCCCUUGAAUGAGAACCAGGCCCCUCCCAGAUGCCACAGUAGAGCUGGUCAGGCUGUUGUGACCAGAGAAUGAGGCCCAGAGAGGGGCACAAACAGCCCCAUGGUCACAAAGCCUGUUUAUGGCCGAGUUGGAGUUAGAGCCAGAUCUGAUUGUACCACUCAUUAGAGCCCCUGAAUUCCCAUCCCACGUGCCUGGGGGUGUUGGUGAUAGAGACGGGGGCCACCACCCACAUCUGCUCUUUACGACCUGACUUGGGAAACCACUCCUUUGACCACUGGCUGUGAGAAAGGAAAACAUCUGUCAAAGGUUCAUACCCAGGGUCCCAGGUAUGGAAUUAACCAAGUAAUUUCCUGCCAGUGUGGUGGUGGCAGUCGAGGACCAGGGCUCUGGAUGCAGACACCCGAGGACGUGGUUGCACUGUCCCUUCCGGUCAAGGGGUGUGGCCCGGGGGUAUGCCCUUGAUCCCUGGCAGAGGAGAGGUGUGGGGAUAGGACCUGACGGCCUGGUGCAGAGCCCAGAACGGCCUCGAUUCCUGCCAUUUCUUGCUUUGUUUACAGACAGGCCGCUGUCUUCCCUGGGCGAGAGGAAAGGGGUGGGGCAGAGGGCAAGUGCCAAGGUAGCACGAGGCUGGGCAUGUGCCUGGUCUCAGACAGUGUCAAAGGGGUGUCAGACACCUGGAGGUGUCACUCUGAGGACUUCUGUCCCCUGCUGGAGCCCUGCUGGAGCAUCUUGAUUUCUUGAGAAGCUGACUGCUGACCCUGGGGGGCAGGGGCCAGGCCAGUUGGAAUCCAGGUACCCCAACCCCCACCCUGGGCCCAGAGUCCCCCAUCAGUGAGCCUUGGCUCUGCUUAUAGCAUCUGACGCCAGAGGGGCUGAAAAUAACCCCUGGAGGAGGUGGAAGAGGGGGCUAUUUAAAGGGCCUGGGAGGAGCAGAGCUGAGAGGGAGUGAGCACUGAUCAUGGCGACUGCAGAGCUGAGCUGCCAGGUGUCUGAGGAGGACUGUGAGCGGCGAGAAGCCUUCUGGGCUGAAUGGAAGGAUCUGACGCUGUCCACACGGCCCGAGGAGGGUUGCUCUCUGCACGAGGAGGACACCCAGCGGCAUGAGACCUACCACCGGCAGGGACAGUGCCAGGCACUGGUGCAGCGUUCCCCCUGGUUGGUGAUGCGUAUGGGCAUCCUCGGCCGCGGGCUGCAGGAGUACCAGCUGCCCUACCAGCGGGUGCUGCCACUGCCCAUCUUCACCCCCGCCAAGAUGGGUGCCGCCAAGGAGGAGCGCGAGGACACCCCCAUCCAGCUGCGGGAGCUGUUGGCACUGGAGACAGCCCUGGGGGGCCAGUGUCUGGAGCGCCAGGAUGUGGCCGAAAUCACCAAGCAGCUGCCCCCUGUGGUGCCUGUCAGCAAGCCCGGCACCCUUCGUCGCUCCCUGUCCCGCUCCAUGUCCCAGGAGGCACAGAGAGGCUGAGAGGGAUGGUGACUCGGGCUCCACUGUGCCCGCCGUGGGCUGGGCCCUUCCUGGCUAGGACCAUGGAGGGCAGCUGCUGGCCAUGGAUGCUUUGUAGUUUGCCCAGAGUUGGGGGCUAGGGGAGGAGGGAGCCAGAGGCCAGGAUGCCUGAGUUCCCAAAGGGAGGGGCGCAAAGACAGUGGGCACUAAGGGCAGAGAGCUGGGGGCCAGCACAGCCGAGUACCCCCAGCCCCAGGAGAAAGGACAGAAGGUGCUGGUGAGGACAGGAGGUCACUGAGAGGAAUGAUCCUGGUCCAGGCUUCAGCUUCAGAGAAGGAUGAGGAACAGUGUUAAGGGGAUCUGGAAUGCUCUGAGAAGGAGGCUUGGAGAAGACUGAUGUGAGGGGGACGUGAAGAAGGCAGAGGCAGAGUGGGGCCCCCAGCAUCCUCUGUUAGUGCUGCAAUAAAUGCUCAAUCGCA